UUUUUCUCCCCAAUUCUGUUGCAGAGUGGCAUAUGUGACUGUACGCGUACUAUCUUGUAGUUCCACACUUUAUUCUUUGUUCAAAUUAGGAAGAAAAGAAGUAACCGCUUUACCAUCAGAAUGAGUAGAAAACAAAAUGCUUUAAGAGUUAUUUCCUUGGUAGUUGGCUGUCUUGGAAUGGCCACAGCUGGGUUCAUUUAUGCUUUUGGCGCGUAUAUCAACGCGAUAAAGAAGAAGUUUGAUUAUAAACAAUCAGAAGUCGAUCUCAUGGGAUCCCUGUCAAAUUUUGGUGUCACCUUCGCUUUUCCAGCUGGAAUAUUAUGCGAGAGAUUUGGACCUAGAUGGACUUCAUUUGUUGCUAUAGUAUUUUCGGGAACUGGUGCCAUCAUGCUUUGGUCAACAACUUUAUCAAUAGAAUUUUAUGAGGAAAGACCUGCUUUGCAGUAUCUUUAUUAUUUUUUGACAGGAUUCGGCUCUGCAUAUAUUUACAUGGCUUCACUGAUGACAAAUAUGAACAAUUUUCAUCCUCGGCAUAGAGGAAAGGUGGUUGGCAUUUUAGAUGGAUGUUUUAGUGCAGGGCCUGCCAUCACAGCAUUUAUCUAUGGAACAGUCUUUGUAAACGGACAUACAUCUGAUGAACAAAACCAGGAUCUAAAAGGAUUUUAUCUAACAUUUGCAAUAUUAUAUUUUGCAGUAGGAUUUCUUGGUAUGAUAUUCAUUCGUUCAUUUCCGACUACUACUGAUACCGUAAAUACACGAUUGAUUGAUCAUGUUGACGAAGAAGACAAGAUUGCUGACGAAACAUUAGCUGUUAAUCAUGUGACCGGAUGGACACUUUUCAAGACCAUUGAUUUUCAGUUUAUUUUGUGGUCAUGUACAUUUGCAUCAAGUUUACAGCUGAUGGUUCAAAGCAACAUUGGAACUUAUCUCAAAUCAUUUAGUCUCGACAAAUAUACAACUUUGUUUACCACUAUAAAUCCUAUAGCUCAAGUCGGAUCAAAGGUGUUUGCCGGAUUUUUAUCAGACUUUCUUCUAGAUCGAGUUCCUCGUGUAGCUGUUUUAUUGACAUUUACCAUUAUUCAGACAGUUUUUCUUAUAUUUUGUAUAUUCUUUCCAAAUCACUUUGCAAUGCUAUUAUUCUUAGUUAUAAUAGUUGGUAUGGCUAAUGGAUCGUUAUGGUGCUUAACACCGACAAUAACUGGUGAAAACUAUGGAAUGAAAUAUUUCGGUAGAAAUUGGGGGUUUAUAUUAUUUACAACGGGUUUAGGUGGACUUGGAAUACAAGAACUAUAUGGGUGGACAUACGAAAUGGCCAUACCAUUUACAAGCCAAAAAGACUGCUACGGGACCCAUUGUUUUACAUGGAGUUUCACAAUUGCUGCUGUUUUAUCUUUUUGUGCAUCUCUUUUUUAUCUGGCUUUAUACGAAAAACAACAUAUAAAAUUAAAUAUUAAUAAAAAGUGAUGAACAUUCCGAUUCAAAAA